CGUGAAAAGCGGCUGACUGCCCAACGGAAAGCUCGUGAUACUCUGGAUUCCAUAGCACCCGAUGGGACCCUGACAGGAAGCGAACUAACCGAUGCUGAACUAUCGGAUUUGCCAGCAAAUGUGACGGCCAAACUACAUCAGAUUGACAGUGAAAUAGAAACGCUGAAGCGGUUAGGCGAAAGUUCCGGGAUCACAGUGGCGCUAAUCCAAGAGUUGCAAGCAAGUAAAUUGAUCCACGCUCGCGGUCCGGACCUGGAUCCCGUUUCGGCUUCACGUUCGCCUAGUGCCAAUACCGAACCGGGCUACAAAACACGAUAUGAACGUCACGUGUUUGCUUCUCCAUCGAGAGACACGCGUCGGGACCGGCGUACAGCUCAUGGUUUGUCCUAUCGAAUGGAUUAUUCUAGUACCGGCGGUCGUUCGGGAACUAUUCCCAUCUGCUCCUCAAUUCCCCGUCCCGGAUACACGUCUGGAGCGUUGUUCAGCCGAGCUGUCAGUCUUCCACGUCCGGGAGGUGUUGGUGCAGGUAGUGAUAUGGGACCGGGCAACGUCACCAGCACACCACGUAUGCCUCUGGCCUCGACUGGUAUGCGUGCUACCGCUCCGGGACUUUUGCGUCCGAUGGGUGGAGGAUUACGGCCUGGCGAACGCCUGUUCCAUGCCGGUGUGGCUACAUCGGCACUUUCUGUGGAUGGUUUGACUCUAUGCUCGGGCGAUGACACCGGUACGAUUGGACCGAGUAGCGGAACGUAUUGUAUCAAAUCAGGCACCUUGACUGGUUUACCGCAUUCGGUUACUGGAUUGCGGCCGGUGAGUGCUAUGCUAAAGCAACGAAGCCUGACAACACGUCACCGAAGUCGAACACAAACUCCCGUGCGACAUGCCGGCACGUAUGGCGUUAGCGAUUCGGAAACGCUGGAUGUGGACUCUUAUCCGUCUGUACAAAGUUGGCUCCGACCGUCCUCGGGGAAGAAAACGUCUUUCAAGAUUUACCCAUAUGCCCAACUACGAUCGACUGCGGCGCAACCCAUAAAGGGCGUUGAUCGAACGCGAUUGGAGAAUCAUCUCUCUCCCGAGGAAUUCGAGUCACUAUUCCAAAUGCCCCUGUCUGCAUUUCAACGUCUUCCUGAAUGGAAGCGCAACGAUUUGAAGAAGAAGUUGGAUUUGCUUUGA